UCAAUUUGUAAAUUUUUACAAAUUGCAAGGCUUCCACCGUGUAGUUUGCUCCUUAUCCUAGGACCAAGAACUUACGGAUAAGAUGAAACUACAGGAAAGCGGCUUCCAGCUUCCAUCUUUUCUUCCACGUCUCUCUUACGAGAAGCAAGACACGUUGUUAAAGCUUCUCAUUUUGUCCAUAUGCGCUGUUUUGUGUAAGUAUCAUGUAAUUUAUAAACAAUCCCCAAUAUUAACUAGAGAAGUAGAUCGCGGUGAAAAUAGGUUUCAGUGAUCAAGGACUCCAUCGGUAAGAUUGUGAUCAUGUUAUGAAAAAUUGUUAUUAGUUUCAUAAGCAAAAUCAAACAAAACAUUCUAUGAUCUAUGUAUCGAAUACAUAUCAAUCUGAAAUCACUGUUGUUCAUUUCCAGUUACAACAUGAUAAAAAACUUUUCUACUUCGUUGCUUUUCGUCAAAUAAAUAGAAUCAACCGAAAAUUCAACAUGCUUUUUUUUCUGGAUACAACAUUUAGGUAAUUGCUAUGUGUUUCAAUUUUUAUUCUUACUCAAGAAAAAUUGUAUUUUAUAAGAUUUAUUUCACUUAUUCGUGUGAAUUCCUUUAUUUUUUUUUCAGCAUUCUCUACUAGGUUGUUCUCAGUACUGCGGUUUGAAAGUGUUAUUCACGAAUUUGAUCCGUAAGUUAAAAAAUAAUGAUACAAUGCAUUUUUGAAGGAUCUGAUUCACAGGGUAUAUUAAUAUUGUUUUGUCUAGGUUAUCAGUAUUUUGGGGGCUCUAAAAUGUAAAACAGUCUUGUACAUUGUUGCAGCCUCAAAACAAGUAGAAUAUAAAAAUUAUGCUCUCACAAAUUUCACACCCCUUUAUUUUUGCUUAUGGCAUGUAAAUGUACACCACAGAUAAAGAAACUAUUACUUCUAAUUUUCUGAUUAGGCAUAACAUCGAGUUGACAGAAAAAUUGCCAAGUUAAUUGUUGCUUUUUAUAGAAUCUGGUUAAAAAAAUUCCUUUAAGGUUUGAUCCCAGCUUCUGAUCUGCUGUAAUAUUCAGUUGGUGCAUACAGUAACUAUUUAAUUGAGAAGUGGGACAGUUCUAAUUUUUCUUCUAAGAGUGUCCCAUUUUAGCUUCUGACUGUAAGUCACGUUCUCCCUGUAUUGCUCUCAUGCAACACUAUUGCUGAGCCAGUAAGGCCCAGCUCAAAUGUCAAACUUUUCAUGUGCCAAACUUAAUAGCUAUCUGGGUUGACCCAAAUGAUUUUAGUUUGACAGUUGAUUCAGACAUUCAUAUUAAUUUGCCGAACUUAAUUCCUUUUUUCGAUGUACAAUGGUCUACCAUAUUUACCAGUAAAAAUAUAAUUAAUUGUAGUAAUUUAUGCAUUAGGUUUGGCACAUGAAAAGUUUGAUGCUUAAAACCAAGUCGCUAUGUGGUCAAAGUUCCUAUAGGAUGUGGGCCACUCAAACUUAAUUCAUGGGUCAACCCAAAUUAGAUACUUGUAUGUGGGACUUAAUUGAUUCAAACGUCGAACUUUUCAUGUUCUUAGUUAAAGGGGAUAGGUUUGGUACAUGUAGACCUAAUGUAAGUUUUUUUUUUUCAAAUUCAAUGUAUUUUACUCCAGAAUAAUUCUGAUAUGCAAUUUUGUUGAAUAUCCAAGGCACUUACGUAGUGAUAAGAAGAAGAAGAAGAAGAAGAAGAGAAUAAAGGAAAAUAGAACCAAAACAACAUCCUAGCUUGUCAGUUCCCAGCCUACUAACAAUAUGACAUUAUUUUAACCAUUUAAACCCAAAUAUUCAAAUGCAUAAUUCUCCAGACUGAUCUCCAUACAUUUCCUUAAAGAAUUGGUUAAGAGAAUUUGUUUGUAGAUCAAAGCUCUGCCCAUCAGGUGAUCAUUUCAUUAAUUUUCACAGCAUUUUCUCCUGAUUAUGUAUUGAUUUUGUUAGGAGAAAAUUGACUUUUCACUCUUGGGUCUUAAAGAGAUAACCAGCAACUUGAAUCAGGACAGCCCUGAGUACUGUAGUUUGUAAGAGUGAUGACUGUCUUUCAAUCUAUAAGAUAAUAGUAUUUUUUGAUGCGACCUCUUUUUUCAUUUAAAUUUAUUGGUAUUUAUUUUUUUAAUUAUUAUUAAAUUUGGAUUGUUAUUAUUUCCAAACGUAAUAAGACAGUGGUUUUUAGUAUAGAGUUUGUAGGUUAUGAGUAGCUAUGGUAAGCCUUCGAUGGUACUAUUAAGCUUUCACAUGACAGUAAUGGGCAUGCAUAUAUUAAAGCCAGGUGCCUAAAUAUUACGUAGCUAUAUCCUUCUCUUUUGAUUUUCUUUAUUGACACUGAAUGUUUUCAGGCCACUUUUGUGAAAGUUAAUUUAGUUUCUUGUUUAUCAAUUUUAAUUUCUAUGUAAUUUUCUCUACUUUUUUAGUAUUUUAUUUUAUAAAUUUUAUAAAACUUGAAUACAUGUAUGUUGUGGUUCAAUUCAAGCCUUGGUUUGCAGCUAUAUAUGAUAUUAAAUGAAUUUGAAACAAAGGAAGAUAUAAACCAAAACAACGUAUACAAUAAGUGCAACUCUUUAGUUUUUUACUGUUUUUCAGGUACUUCAAUUAUAGAACUACAAAAUUUUUAGCUGAAGAAGGAUUUUACAAAUUCCAUAACUGGUUUGAUGAUCGAGCAUGGUAUCCUCUGGGAAGAAUUAUUGGUGGCACAAUUUAUCCAGGUAAAAAUAGAAGAAGCACUACUGUUUAAACUAGUAAUAACCAAAGGUUAACAAGUGUGCAGUGGUCGACAACAACCAAAUGUCAAAAUACGCAUAAUCAGAUUACGUGAUCAGAUUGCCUUCUGGGUAUUUCAUUUAUUCUUAGUGGGAGUCCACUAGAAACUGGCUAUUUUGGUACCGUGCAUGUGCAAUUAGCAACCCGGGCCAAGUUGUUUGAGGCUGGGUUAAGAUAACCCAGGGUUAGUGCAAGAUUUGAAUUCAGAUUUGAAAGCUUAAAAAGCAUUUCAGUUUAUAUUCUUUUUGAGCUAUUUUGAAAAAAUAGCUCAUAUGUCAGUGGUGUGAGCGUAUGUAUCUUUGUGGCUUUGUAUCUUUGUGGCUUUGUAUGUUGGGAUGUUUGUUGCAAGAGCCAAUAAGGUUGAAGGUACUAUGAGUUGAUGCUUAGGAACCAAUGAGAUCUUGGCAUCUAUUUAAACAUGGCAUUGGUAAAGGUCGAACAAGGGCACUUUGAGACCGCCAUCUUGAUCCUUCACAAUUUUUUCGUCUUUUAUUACGGGUACAGGUGUUUGGAAGCAUUACAUAAAAUAUCUUCAUGAUUCAAACGCUGUGAACAGUGAUGCAGCUGUUUAAGGGUUCAUAUUUAAGUGUGGAUGCUGCUUUGAGGCAUUUCUGACCUAAUUCGGCUAUCGGUACAACGCACGUCAGUAUGAGUUCUGUUUCACCUGCUACAACUGGGUAGAGUAUAAAAGAUCAUUAUCUCUUCCAAUGAAGCAAUAAUUGAUAUUUAGAUAUAGACUUUAAUUCGAAAGAAUGCGCCCUAUAAAAUGUGGUUUUAUAAGUUUAAAAGGCAGCUUAUUUUUUUGAAAGCUGUAUCGAGUAUUGUUAAUCCUGUAAACAAGCUUUAAAAAUAUUAUUCUCUCGCUUACAAAGUUCAACUGACCUUUUUAGUUCUAUUUAGUAAAGAUGCGUAACUUAAGUAGAAACAGUAGCGUUAGGGAAUAAAAUUGGAAGAAGCUAGUUGACACAAGAAUUAGAUACUGUUAUAUUGAGUGGAGUAACAUGAUAUAAGUAGAAAUAUAUUUCGGCAGUUUGAUAAUUUUCUUGGAAGUUAAUAAAUGUUAGGCUAUCAACCUUGACGUUGCAUGAAACAUAAUUUAAUUGCAGAUGUUGUAAUAAAGCUGAGGUGAUAUCUUGAAAUCGUUUGAGAAAAUUUUGUAGUAAAACAAUUUGCCUCUUUUUUACGUACGAAUUGUGAAAGGGCCAAAGACCAACAUCUUCACAUGCAAAUUGUGUGCAUGAGUUAUUUUUAUAAUUCUGUUUACUAGAUUACUGUGUGAUAACUCGAAUUCCCUCACGUACGAACCACGAAAGGGGGCAAAGUCCAACACUUUCACGUGCCAGCUGUGUGACUGUACAUCUCAUGCAGAUUGGCUUUUUACAAUAAUAAUAGUAACUUGGACGUAUGAAGACCUGUUUCGUUUAGUAACCAAUACCUUAAAAUAGGCUCUUGUCUUUUAAGAAGCAAUGGCUUUUAAAACAUGAUGAAAUAAGUUGUCGGAGUUAAAGACUGUUUCACAAAUGUUAAUAAAUGUUAGGUUAUCAACCUUGACGUUGCAUGAAACAUAAUUUAAUUGCAGAUGUUAUAAUGAAGCCGAGGUGAUUUCUUAAAAUCGUUUGAGAAAAUUUUGUUGUAAACAAUUUGCCUCUUUUUUAAUGUACAAAUUGUAAAAGGGCGAAAGACCAACAUCUUCAAGUGCAAAUUGUGUGCGUGAGUUAUUUUUAUAAUUCUGUUUACUAGUUUACUGUGUGAUAACUCGAAUUCCGAAUUCCCUCACGUACGAACCACGAAAGGGGGCAAAGUCCAACACUUUCACGUGCCAGCUGUGUGACUGUACAUCUCAUGCAGCGUGAUUGGCUUUUCACAAUGAUAAAUAGUAACUUGGACGUAUGAAGACCUGUUUCGUUUUGUAAUCAAUGCCUUUAAAAAGGCUCUCGUCUUUUGAGAAGCAAUAGCUUUUAAAACAUGAAGAAAUAAGUUGUCGGAGUUAAAGACUGUUUCACUGAGUAGAAUCGCACGUGAAAACCUCGUGAAUUAUGAUGAUGCAACCAUCUACCACAAUGAUAAAAAUCCUGGUAUUUCGUAACUAUUCAGUAUUCGAUGAGUCACAUUUUGGAUUAAGAAACUCCGAGGAAACCUUAGAGUUUUCCUUCUAAUCAACAUUUGGUGAGUAGAAAUUUAUUUCACUUUAACGAUUUGUUUAACUUGCACCAGAUGUAACAGGGAAAGACAGAGGAAAGUGAAUAUAUAGCUUGAGGAUUGACUCAGCUGAGCAUUUCGCGUUUUCAUUUAUGUACUGCAAUACGUAAUUUCGCACAAAAACCCAAUCUACAUUUAGGAUGAAAGAGGUAGAUUCAUCACUCUUGGUAAGGUUACACCGAAGCAUUAAAGUUACACUGAAGCAUUCAAAAUAGCUCAUGCACGUUUAACGUGCCUAUGUUUGUCUACAAGUUGAUGAUUGGAAGCGCUAAAAAUAAUAGCAAAAAUUAUCCGAGAAAAUGCUUUUGGAAACAAGAAAAAGGAACCAGGGUUAAUUUUAACCCCGGGUUAAGCUCUAAUCGGCCUUCGAACAACUGGGCCCUAAUUGCAGGCUCCUCUUGUCUGUUUACUGAUGCGAUAAUACAACAGUCUUCACCAGACUGAUUUGUCAUACUGAAUUCAGUAAGCCUUUGCAAAAAUUUGCCUGAAUCUCCCAGAAAUAUGACAGCGUAAAAAGCCACUGGGCAAACAUUGUCCUUAUUUUAUAAAGUGAUAUUGUAGAUGUAUUGUACAUUUAGACCUGUACAUAACAGCAUUGUUUUUUAAUCAAUAUUUUUAAUGUUUUUAUAGGUCUGAUGGUUACAUCAGCUGUAUUGUAUCAUGUGAUGAAUUUCUUCCACAUCACCAUCGAUAUCAGGAAUGUCUGCGUGUUUCUCGCCCCUCUGUUUUCAUCAUUCACAACACUCGUAACAUAUCACCUCACCAAAGAACUUAAGGUAGGCUGUCCGAGAUUUUACAAUUACCUGGUAAUCACUAACUCAAACUAUUGAGACAGAGUUCUUUUGUGAUAAAAGUAAGUGUGAUAGAAAAUUUCCUCAGAAUGUAAGUUUCCCUAUUAGUGCACCACUUGUGAUUCUGCGAGAAGAUUGACAUUCUAAUAAAGUUGAUGAUUGACUGAUUGAUUAAUUGAUUGAUGCUUGGAUGCCCAGUCUAAGGUGAAUUACAACUAGUCUCUGUCUAUCAACAGACUCCUUAAGAAAAGUUUAGUAAUGCAGGUCCAUUCUGCAGUCAUUUUGUUUACAUUUAUGUUUAUACUGUAUUUUUUUCCUACAGGAUGCCAGUGCUGGAUUAGUUGCAGCUGCAAUGAUCUCCAUUGUUCCUGGUAAUAAAACAAAAUUAUUCAUUCUCUGGCUUCACUUUUCUAAUACAUCAGCAUUAAUCUAAAAGUACCUAGGCAAAUUGUUUGUAUAAAACACCGUAACUUAUCGUCCACUCUUCCUAGGGCUUUUCAGGGAUAAUUUGCAAAACUGGUUGGAGGACUUUAGCCAAACUCCUUAUCGUACAGUUUGCAAUAAAUUAUUAAAGAAGUAAUGUGUGAUGAAACCCCCUAAUUUAAGGGAGAAUGAGAGAUAGACCACCACAUCAGGGUCAAAGUUCCUUACUCUUGGCAAAGAGUUUGUUGGUUCUUUAACCCCUUCACUGCCAAAUCUAGUCAAAAGCAAAUUUCGACCAAAUUUUCAAAUAUCGUUUUGUGAAAUUUUGAAAAACAAAUAGCACCAUUUGUAAGUAUAGGCGGAGAGCUUUCAUUUGAAUGGUCACAUCAUAGGAUUUCGUCCGCAGACUCAACAGUUAGAGUCACCUUACAAAACUCCAUUAAGCACUCUCAGCGUGCAAAGAAAGUAAUGUCCAAUAGCCCAGGGCUAGUGGAUUUUGCUAUCGGGCUAGUGAAUUCUGUUCCUAACUUGCCCGACGGGCAAGUGAUGUUUUUUGAGAAAUUCGAAUAACAGAAGAACUGUGAAAUAAAUUCUGCUCAUCAAAAAGCUUUUGGGGCUAAUUGAAAUGACGUCUGGGCUAGUAAAUGCUAGCUUCAGCUUGCCCGGAUGGCAAGCUGUAAAAAUGAUUUUCUUUGCACCCUGACUCUGCUGUGAAAGGGUUAAUGUCCCACAGAGUAAAAAUAAUAUUACAGAUUAUGUGCAAGGGUUGUGAAUCGGGGCCUACGUUUUAUAGUCCCUAUCUGACAGACUAGAAAGUCUAACCAUUUGCAGAUGUCAUUACAUAGGCAGCUCUUUCUCCUCAAUUACUUUUAAGACCCUGAGUGUUGGUCUGGCCAAGGUUUGAACCAACGGCCUACUGCUCGGCAGACCGGCACUUAUCCAAUCAAGCUAACUGACCUCAAGCAAUAGCAAUCCUUUGCUUAGUUUUAAUGAGACUUGUGGUCUUUUUUUUAGGUUACAUCUCUCGUUCUGUUGCUGGAUCAUAUGACAAUGAAGGCAUUGCCAUCUUCUGCAUGUUGCUGACAUAUGCACUGUGGAUCAAAUCUGUCAAGACUGGCUCACUGUUCUGGUCAACCAUGUGUGCCCUGGCUUAUUUUUACAUGGUUAGUGAUAAUCAUCUUUUUCGUUUUUAUCAAUGAAUGAAUAUCCUUUAGUUAAACAUGAUCAGUAUUAAAGAAGGAAAGCUGCUUGUUACACUGUAAUAAGCAGACUACGUUGAAUCACAUUAAGGCAACAAAAAGCCCCCAAAAAUGAUGAUUUGCUUCAAAAUCGUCUCAGUAUCAUCAUCACCAUCACCUUUAUUUAACCUCAGAUUUACAGUGUAGCUCUUGAAGCUAAUAUCUCUGAGAUAGGAGAAAAGGAAAAAAAAUAUAGUAAUAAUAAUCCUAAAAGAAAAGAAAUAGAAAGUAGGCAAAAACAAAAAAUAAGAGGAAAUACAGUCUAAUUAAAAGAAUUUAACUACCUAUUACUAGUUGUAUUAUUACAUAAACCUCAAAACAGUUAACAAGUAAAAAUUAAUGUUUGUUGUUAUGGAUAUCCACUUAAUUGCUGACUUUAUUUGAUCACAUAACUUGAAAGAAACAUCAUGAAACUCAGUAACAUUUAGCUUUGAAGGAGGCAAAGUAGUAAUGCAUGCAUAAUUUUGUAACUUUUCCCUUUAUCAGGUUUCCUCCUGGGGUGGAUAUGUUUUCCUGAUCAACUUGAUUCCUCUUCAUGUUUUGGCUCUGAUGGCGACUGGCAGGUUCUCGCACAGAAUCUAUGUUGCUUACUGCUCUGUAAGUACAUCAUUAAUGCAAGCAGUGAUGUGGUUGGUUUUUAAAGAAACUGUGGUGAGCUGCAACAGCAAGGGAGUGAAAUGAAAAAAAAAAAACAUUGGUGUUGUCAUUGAGUUGUCAAUUUCCUUCCAAGGGGAUGUUUCACUUGUCAGAUUGGCCAUUUUCAUUGACUUCACCACUUUACAAGGAGCACCUCUUGUAAUCUCAUUUAAAUUUUUGUCAAGCCUCUGGCAAUUUUUUGCCAGAUUUGCCAUUUUCACCACAGGGCUGUCAUUAGCUUUUUAAGCAGCCAUAGCAAUAAAGAUUCACCCGUAACAUCUCACAAAAAUUUAUAGUGCCACGUUUGGCUUUCCACUUUGAUCACCCGUAACAUCAAGCGAGCUCAGCCAUAAAAGGUGUUACGAGUUACAGCCCUUAUCGAAGGCUCCGACCAUUGUGUGUAUAAUUUCUGGAGAUAAGAGUUCUCGCCACCAUGCAAUCCCUGCUCCUGUUGUUUGUGAUCUCUGUGGUCCUUUUUACACUGUAUCUAAUAUCCAGCUGUCAGUUAUUUUGUUGUUAACAAUAACAAAUAAUUGUUAUUUUCAGGUUUAUUGCUUGGGGACCAUUCUGUCAAUGCAGAUCUCCUUCGUUGGAUUUCAGCCAGUACAAUCCAGUGAACACAUGGCUGUAAGUUUUGUUCUGCAUGUAAAGCAUUGCUGACUGACUUUUCAGUUUUACCAGAAACUCAUAAUGGCCUCCUUGCAGGCGUUUCCCUCCCUCCCUCCCUCCCUCCCUCCCCCCUCCCCUCCCCUCCCCUCUUCGCGCGUCCCUUGCAUUUCUCUCACGCCCCAAAUCCCCUUUUCCUGUCCCUUCGAGCGCCGGCUACGCAGGCUAAGUUUCUGGUUUUACUAGAUACAAACGCGCACUUGCGUUUCCGGCUAGCGGAGUCUACUUUCCGUUUCUUAUUGGCGAGAGGAAGCAGCCUACUUUCUCUCACCAAUAAUAAACGGAGUCUGUAAGCAGGAAAGCGCCUGUGAUGUAAAUAAAGUGACAAGUUUUGUAUGCCUGAAUUUUCAAACCUUCGUUCUUUGCAGGCCUUUGGCGUGUUUGGCCUGUGCCAGAUCCAUGCUUUUGUGGAUUACGUCCGUGCGCGCAUGCCCAGAGAACACUUCCAACUCCUAUUCAAAACAGUGGUAGCGGUAGCAGCGGUUGGUGUCUCGACUGUCGGUGGCAUCCUAACCUUCACUGGUAAAAUCUCACCCUGGACUGGGCGUUUCUACUCACUGCUGGAUCCAUCUUACGCUAAGAACAACAUCCCAAUCAUCGCUUCCGUUUCUGAACAUCAGCCCACGACGUGGUCUUCUUUCUACUUUGAUCUUCAGCUCAUGGUGUUCAUGUUCCCUGUUGGCUUAUACUACUGCUUUUACAAGCUCACUGACGCCAAUAUUUUUAUCAUCAUGUAUGGCGUUACCAGCAUCUAUUUCGCCGUAAGUAGAGAUUGGUUAUUGAAAAUACGAUGGUUAUAUAUCACAGAUUAUACUUUAAGCUGUUUUGAAAUAACGCGCGAGACUGUGUCAGGGUUGGGACGAAUUACACUAUGAGACUAUUUUGAGGACUACUACCCUACUAGGGAGCUUAAAGGGGCUGUGUCACGGUAGUCCAGUUCAUUUUGUUCAGUUUUGCCAAUUACUCUCCCUCAAUCGCUAUGGAACCUAAAGUAAGCAAAGAAAUUACUUGUAAAUGACACAAGCAGAGAUUCGAGACAAACAAAUAUGUCUCCUGAGCAUUAUUUUUGAAGUUGCAAGCAGCAGGGAUCAACUUUGAAAAACUGUUAGGCCAAAGAGUUUUCCAAAACCCUAAUUUCAAUCCGUUUCAAUCUUCUUCAAUUUUGCCCAUCCGUGGCAUCUGUUGUUUCUGUUAUGUUAUUUUAACCUUCCUUUAAAGUUUUAAGCGGUUAUUUUUAUGUUUCUCUUAAUUUGACGGGCAUUUUGUAAUUUCCUAAUUUGGCUGAAUUUCGUGACACAGCUCCUUUAAGCAACGGCAACUGGGACCGCAACGAGAACAGCAAAAAGCAAUAAGUUUAGAUUAGCAAAACAACAACUCUGCACGUGCAUCACGCAUAUUUGAACACUUCUUGGCCGUCACUGCACGACUACGACGUGAAAGUGCCUUGUUUCACGUUUUGGGGAAGACGAACACACGACAGCAAUUUUUUUUCUUUUCCUGAAGUUCGAUACAGUCUUAAAGAAUUCAAGUCCAGAAAAGUUUGCCAACAUUUGACGAAUUGAACGAGAUGGAAUAAGCGCGAUUAACUUUGAGACAACGCGAACACACUUGUAAACUGAGGUUUCCGUAGCCGUCGCCGACGUUGUUGCUUAAGCUCCCUAGGGGCAUUAAGAUGCGAGGACGGUGACGACAACGAAAACGUCGCCUAAAAACUGAAGUCGCGUUUUUUCAAUCUUCAUCGCGAUUAUUCUUUUUCACCUAAUUUGUCAAAUGUAGGCGAACUCUUCAGAAGUUGAAUUCCUGAGAACCCUAUCCAAGUCCAGAAAGAGAAAGAAAAUUUCAUCGUGGCUGGUUUACAGCCUCCAUAAAACGUGAAUUGAGGCAUUAUCCGCGUCGAAGCACACUCUGAACAAGGCCAUCGUGGGAUUUUAAAGGUUUAUAUGUGACAUGCUUGCAGCAAACUGCUAGGAAAGUCGAAUUUGCUGAAAAAUAAUUAUGUUCGUACAGCCUCGUUCCCAAUCUUCGUUGGCGAGUUAGGAUGUAACGUCACCCAUCAUCGAAUGCACAGUUCCAGGCAUCCUGCGUCCCCUCGCAUUGCGCGAAUUUGCCUGGGGAAAUGUCUUAUAUUGAUUCGUAAUGUCACGUGAACUUAACCAAGAAACACUUUUUGUUUCUUAACUUAACAAGCGAACGGCCGGGCACAGAACACUGUUCAGGCGCUCUGUCAACCGAGCUAAAGAGAGAGACUAUACGAUAAAUGUACAUGUACUUCCUUCGGUGACUUCGGACUCUUCAUUUUUAACACAACAUAUUUUUUUCGGGGUUUGGAUACUGAUUACUUUCUUUGUUGUUGCUGUAUUUCAGGGUGUGAUGGUUCGUCUGAUGUUAGUGUUGGCUCCUGUGGCUUGUAUCUUAUCAGGAAUAAGCGUAUCUACUGUCCUCACAACCUACAUGAAGGUACGGUGUUCAUUCUAUCCCCCUUAUUGAGUUCCUUGUGGAUUUCCUGUGCAAAAAAAUCACUUUCCCAGAAACGGAUAAUGAUCCGGGCAUUCUGGCUUUACGGUCAGCGGCUGUUCGUUGCUUAUUUAUAAGUGUUGUUACCACUGAGGUUGGUUGUUCGUGUAAAUUGCAUCCGCAUGCAGCAAAAGGAAGUUCCACCUUUCCACAUGACCUAACUUAUCAGACGCGCUGUAUCGGAUGAUUAGCCGGUAAUGUUUAAUCAAAAGCAAUAGUGCAUGUGUUUCUUUUCUGUAGAAUCUGGACAUUUCUCGUCGCGACCGAAAAACUGCGAAAAAAGCAGAUCCAACCUACCCGAUCAAAAACGAGGUUGCUACUGCCAUGGUUGGCCUGAUGGCAUUAUUGCUUGUCACUUACACAUUCCACUGUACCUGGGUUACCUCUGAAGCGUAUUCUUCGCCAUCCAUCGUGCUAUCGGCGAAACAACACGACGGCUCCCGAGUCAUCUUCGACGAUUUCCGUGAAGCUUACUACUGGCUCCGACAAAACACUCCCGAGGUAACUUGAUCGUGGUAUUUUGCUACUCGUAUGCUUUUACGUUUUUCUAAACUUCACCGGAUAGUUAGUAAUAUCGAGCUGAAAAGCUAUUGUCGAGGUGUCUGCUUGUUUUGUGAAUGAUUUUUGUUGUCUUCAUUUUUUUUUUUUUUUUGGGGGGGAAUAAAAUAAUGCAACUGCAUCAAUAGAUUGCAACGUCAAAAACGAAAGUGAAAGCGCCCGGAUGGGAUUGAACCUGACUUCCCGCUCUCAAUUUGCAGCUCUGUCAUUGGUCAAAACGGUUUUAACACAUGUGCACGCCUUCGUCACUGUUGUCACGUUCUCUUUGAUAAAUCUACCUAUUUAUUCAUACUCAACAGAAGAGCAUGGCCUCCCAAAUUUUUAUAUAUUUAUUCAUUUAUUUACUUAUAUUUGAUUAUUUCAGGAAUCGAAAGUAAUGUCAUGGUGGGAUUACGGUUAUCAGAUAACAGCCAUGGCGAACAGGACGAUAUUAGUGGAUAAUAACACGUGGAACAACACGCACAUCUCCAGAGUUGGUCAGGUAAGACAGCAUGUGAUAAACACGUGUUUCUCCUUGCAAGGUAAUAACUCGAGGAACAACAUACAAUUAGCCUUUGCAGCGCUUGGUCACGUGCGUAGAUACCACUAAGCAACGGCUCCCUGGAUAGAAGCAAGGAACUGGACGGAAGAAAUAUGCUUGGUUUAGCGACUGGUGACAAACUCGCGCCCCUCUUGGUUACUAGAGUGAACGCGCAAAGCCGAAAACGAAUUGAUUUGGCGGGAAAAUGUUGCUGUUUUUGUUUUAAGCUUUCUGAUAGGUCAGUCCAACGAUGCUGUUUAUAUAAAAGAAAAAGGUUUUUAGCGAGAAAACAAAUACACAGCUCUAUUUAGCCCCCUUUUUAUAUUGUCUGAUGACGCGUAUUUCAUGUUAUGUAUGUUACGGCUGGUUUUCGUAAGCGACGCAGUUGGAGUCGGAGUCGUAAGCGGACUUGUAAGAGCGCCCGUGACCUAGCGAAAAACAAAAAUGUGAGUCGUAAUUGGAGACGACGGAGUCGGAAAAAUCAGAACGUUUGCUUGUUCUUCCGACUCCAAUUAUGACUCUGUCGCUUACGAUCUAGUGAAAUCCAAGUCGGAGUCAAAAGCAGACGCGGAAGGAUAGACCAAUCACAAUGCUCAUUCCCACGUUUUGUGCUUGGUCUUGUUUUUCCGCUUCUAUAUGCGAUUUACAGAACGUAGUUUUCACUAGAUCGUUAACCACGGAGUAAUAAGCGAAAUCGGAAGGCUGUUUUCGUUUGAUCAUAACGCUCCACGCUCCUUAUUGCGACUUCGUCUCUUCGUUGCCCCGGGAAGCCGGCCUUUAACGAAAUUGUUUGGUCGCUUUAUUUUUUUUCUUCGCUCGAAUGUUAAAUUAAUAAUUACAAGUCCAUAUCUAGUACCUACACUCCUACUUUACUGCAUGGUUUGUAGGCCUCGCUUGUGGACGACAAUAAGAGCCUUACUUCCAAACAUGUCAAGUCCCUUGUGACUUUCUCAUUGGGUCUCUUGGUUGAAGGCAACAAACAUGAUUGUUUUCGUAGAUAAACGUUUCGACGAUUUUCAAAGAUCGUUGGAAGGUAGUCCCACCAUCUUCUCCACUUGAGGGGCGAACUUUGGUAACUGGAACUAAUUGUUUAUCUCCUGAUGUCAUGACUUGAGGCGUAUUUGUACGCCAUUUCUGAGUUCCAAAACUCCAGCUCACUUUCAAUAUGAGGCCAAGUGCGAGACCUUUUGGGAGACAAUGAGUUUAAUUUCCGGGAAUAAAAAAUCGCUUUCAUAUCCAACCCAUCCGACUUACGCCUAACCCUAACCCUAACCCUUAUGCACCUUAUUUGCCCUCCCCCCCCCCCAAAAAAAAUUUGCAUACCCUUUGUUUUUCAUUUCUCAUGGGUACUACAGCCGUCCCAAGAGACACUGAAAACAAUGCUUAUGCAAAAUUUUGGGGGGCAAAUAAGGUGCAUUAUGGGAAAUUUGGAAAUGGCGUUUCCCUGAAAAAAAAGAACGCCUUUCGCCUGAUCCCAGGUUCAUUUACACUUCUUUCGAAACAGAGGCUUAAGGUAACUCUUCCGUUUGGAUUUAACCUUGAUGGACCUCAUUACCAUUUCAGGCUAUGGCCUCGAGUGAAGACAGAGCGUAUGAAAUCAUGCGAGAACUUGACGUGAAUUAUGUGUUGGUUAUUUUUGGCGGGUUGACUGGAUACGCCUCAGAUGGUGAGUACUUUUUACGGGACGCCAAGCAGCUGAUAGUUGAGUGAAAAGUAACUAUAGCCUGCGUACAGAUCCCGCCUCCCCUUAGGAAAAAUUAGAGAAGGAGGGGUGGGGUCUGUACACAGGCUAAGUAACUAUAGUGAAAUGAACUCGAUCUAUUGUGACGUUUUGAAGCUUAAUUAAAAAUCAGUAACUACAAAACGUAUUUUGAUCAGCACUGCUGUAGCUUGUCUGGAAGUCCUUUUCUAUUCCGAUUAUAAGCCUCCUCGGAUAUAAGUCCCUCCGUUUAUAAACCCUCCUAAAACGCCUUACGAAGACGGAUAAGCGCGCCGGCAGUUUACGGUAUGGCAUUUACGCAAGCAGAAACAUUCACUUACCCGCAGAAAACGCCCGCAAAGUAGCCUUCUUCUCAUCUAACUCACUGUUUUCUCACUGCAGACAUUAACAAGUUCCUGUGGAUGGUGCGUAUUGGCGGUAGCACAGAGAAGGGCCAGCACAUCAAGGAACACGAUUACUACACCUCCACUGGUGAAUUUCGUAUCGACAAAGGUGGUUCCCAGGUCCUGCUCAACUGCCUCAUGUAUAAAAUGUGCUACUACCGAUUUGGCUCUGUGUAUACCGAACAAGGUGAGCCCAAAUAAUUAUUGGCUUUUAUUCCCUUAUCCUCCCCCUGUAUAGAUAGGCCUUCUAUAAUAUUUGCAGCGUUGCACGUUUCUAGGUCUAUUUUCUCGCCAAAUAGUCUGCUGUCACCGUUUUGUAUCGCUAAGAGGUCAUUUUGGCGCCAAGUCGCAAUCUCCUCAAGGUCGUCGUUAAAUAUUUCCUGUAUGCACUCAACCUCGUUCCCAGACUCCUCUCUCUGCUCUGGCGAGCGAAAACAACCCUCCUCUCGCCAGGUAGUUUUCAGCUGACUCUGUUUUUUACUUUAAAAAUGCCCUUGUGCUUUUAGCAAAAGUAAGAACCAGCACCAGCGUUGAAUAAACAGUCACUGUGUAUCAUCGUUAGAAUUAAUUAAACUUUACGGUGCUGUUGUUUGCUUCCUUUAUCAUUCCAACGUUAGUUUAUGUUUUAAUAUUUUGGUUUGAUUUAUUUGUAGGAAAACCAACUGGUUAUGACCGUGUGCGCAAUGCUGAAAUCGGAAAUAAGGUAUAGCAGCUUUAUUAACUUCGUCAAUUCUGAACAUUUCUGAGAUGACGUAACGAGAAUAGUUUUCAAUAUGUUGGGCCUAAGUGAAGUAGCAAAUAAACAUUUGUUUCUGUUGGGCGCGGAAAACUACAAUAGCCCGAGAAAAACAGCCGACAUUUCGCGACGCCACCACUGGCGAAAUGACGUCCCUGAGAAACGAGUGCAGAAAUUCCAUACUGAUUGGCUGGUUGUGCCGCGAGAGAACUUUGCUUUAACCAAUAGGAAGCACUACCCAGAAGUGGGUAGUGACACGUCAUCAGUAUGGAAUAUCUGCAGUCGUUUCUCAGACGUCAUUUCACCGGGAAACCAGUGGUAGCGUCGCCACACGCAAGGAAGGUGACACGCGAAGGAAAGACUUCGAAAUCCUACGUUGUUACCAUUUAAAGGACUGAAUUGUCUUCAGCAGUACUUUCCCAUGGAACUUUAUAUUUAGUUGGUACUUCAACCUCCGAGUCUGUGGAUGAAAUUCUGUGAUGUUACCAUUAUUUUCACUUUGUACUAUUUGUUCUUUAGCAUUAACCCUUUAAACCCUAAGAUCAAAAUAUGAAUUCUCCUUUGUUGCCCCUAUUCAUUUCCUACAGAAGUAGUGGGGAGACGCUGAUAAAGUAUCAAGCAAAUACAUCUUGUGUGAUCAUGUCUGUAAUUCUCAUGACCACUCUGUUUUACAAAGUAUUGAUAUUACAAGGAGAAAUUUGAUGCUGAUCACUCUUAGGGCUAAGAGGGUUAACAAAAUGGAAUUGGGAAAUUUUGUUGUUGUUUUUUUUUUUUUAUUGCGGUCACAUAGUCUAAUAAGUCCUUUUUUUUUCAUUGACCGGCAAUUUGUGAUGUUUCCCUCGUAGGAAUUCGAGCUGGACGUAUUAGAGGAAGCAUACACCACCGAGCACUGGCUUGUUAGAAUCUACAAAGUAAAGGAUCUGGAAAACAGAGGCUCCUAGAGUCCACAAGCUUGUUUUUUGUAAUACUAUUAUUGUGUAAGAUGCCAAUGCCUCUAACUGUUUCGAAUACACUAGUUAGACAAUUUUUGAGCAGCGAGUGAAUUAAAAAUAAAUUUAUCAGCCUUGU